AGAGAAGAAAAAAAGGGUGACCGGGACUUUCUCUCUCUCUCUCUCUCUCUCUCUCUCUCUCUCUCUCUAUUCUUCGUUUGGAUUCAUCGUCACGGAUUUAUUUCAUCUGUUUCAACAGAUUCAUCCAUCUUCGAUUUUAUAUAUAAUUCAAAUAUAUAUAUUGUUGUAUAACGCGUGGAAGCGUUCGACUGGAUCGAACGAUUUUCUUCUUCUACUUCUUCAUCGUGUUAAUCAUUUUCAUUUUCAUCGUCAAACUUAUUGUCUCCUUGAUCUUUGGAUAUGGUCAGAGAAACAUCAGAGGAGAAUAAUAAGGUCUCUACUAUAACUGGUAACGUCAACAAUGUCGAUGAACCCGCCAAUUAUGAAAAAGCCAUUUCGGUUACCGGUUUUGGAUUAUUCAACAUUUUAUUAUUCGUGGCAGCAGUGCCAAUCGCGUGGACUGCACUAUUUGACACAACAUCACCGGCAUUUAUUUUAGCGUCAGCAGAAUGCGACUUGCAACUAACAUUUUUUCGAAAAGGCGUUCUCAUAGCAUUCCCAUUUAUAGCAAUGUUGGCCACUGCUUCGUUGUGGGAUUACGUGACAAUCUACGUAGGUAGAAGGACCUUGUUCGUUCUUGGCUUACUAGCAAAUUCCAUCCUAAAUAUACUGAGCACUGCUGUAGACUCGUACCACGUGUUUUUACUCAUCAAAUUUAUCAGCGGCAUUAUAGGAGGUGGUCCACCAUCGAUGGUAAUGGGAUACUUAACAGAAUUUCAUUCUACAACAUACAAAGCACGUUUUGCCGCUUGGUCUGGUUUUGUGUUUUCAAUGGGAACUAUCGUACCGGCAGCUUUGGGUUUCAAUAUCCUACCCCUAGAAUUGGAAGUCGAUGUAUUCGGUAAAACUUACAACAGCUGGCGAAUUUACUUGCUGAUUUGUUCAAUACCACCUGUUCUCGGAUUUGUGACAGCUAGCAUGUUACCUGAAAGUCCGAAACACCUGAUGGAAAUGGGAAGACAGGAUGUUGCUUUGAAACUAUUUCGUAGGAUGUACUGCAUGAACACCCGAAAACCGGCCGAUACGUUCCCGAUAAAAACGUUGCUCGUCCAAAAGUCGCAAUUACCACGGCCGACGUUAAGGGCAAGUCUCGAAAAAAUUCGGAUCGACCUUUACAACACUAAACUAUUGUUCUCGGCACCUUAUCUGUCAGCCUUCUCCGUCCUAACUUUUCUACAAUUUGGAAGUAUGCUAGGUUUUAAUACUAUGAGAUUAUGGGUACCACAUAUGUUCAUCAUUUUAAACAACUAUGAUUACGAACAUUGGAAACCUGCCGGAAGAGCUCCAACGAUAUGUGAAAUGUUGGAUCGGCAUGCUGCUAAACCUGGCAGACCAUAUUUAAAUUGUACAAACUUUGACGAUGCAUGCUUCGAGUGGAAAAUUAAUCCAUCCGUUUAUCAAAAUUCAACGAUCAUUGCCUCGUCAGCUGUACUAUUUGGUUUUCUCGUAGGAUUUAUUAUGACCAAUAGAUUACGAAAAAGAAUUAUUUUAUUUGUGGCCUUCCUGAUAUCACUGGCAAGCAGUUUUGGAAUAAAUUGGGCACAGGCACCUCCCUAUAUGCUGACGUUAGCAGCCGCCGUUAUCGUGACAUCAAGAAUAGCGAGUAAUAUCGUUACCUCGGUGAAUGCCGACGUUAUUCCUAUCCCAUUAAGGGCCACCAGCGUGAGUAUUAUCACGUCCUCCGGAAACUUAGGAGUCGUAUUGGGGAAUGUCAUUUUCUCAGCUCUACUUGACUUCGAGUGUUUAGCAGCAUUUCUCGGUUUGGCCUGUUUUUUCAUAGUCUGCAUCCUGGUAACGUUUCUACUUCCAAAACCAAUAAAGACAUCGCCAGAGAGUUUCGCAUAGCAAACAAGAUUCUUACGAAUGAUUUUAUAGAUAAAAAUGAUUUAUAUCUACGAAAUAUUUUUGAACAACAAGAUGCAUAUACAUAUACA